UUGUGGGUAGGUCAGGAGUAGAGGGGACGCCAUGUGCUUUUGAGGCAGAGGAUCUGCUGGAAGGAGACGUGUGUGUGACAAACUUGUCUGUUUUCUCAGUGAGAGGACCAACGGCUCCAUUUACCGUCGGCAUGUUCUGCACCAGCCGCUGCCUCCGCACCGCGCUGCGGGCCGCAGCCAGCACGCAUCGGCAACAGCUUCAGUGGCAGACACCAGCCUUGUGUGCUCUCAGACUUCUGAAAACCAGUCCAGCCUCGUCUUCAGAUGCCAUCGCCACCCCUCCUCUAGAUGGAGCCCCCAAACAGUAUUCCCCCAAAAUCCAGCAGCUUGUCAGUGACAUAGCCAGCCUCACCUUGUUAGAGGUGUCCGAUCUCAACGAACUCCUCAAGAAAACUCUGAACAUUGAGAGUGUCGGAAUGAUGCCGAUGGGGGCGAUGGCGACAUUAGCUGCCCCUGCAGCUCAGGCUGCAGACGAGGAGGCAGCACCAGCAAAGAAGGAGAAGACUCAUUUUACAGUAAAAUUGACAGAAUUGAAAGCUGCUGAAAAAGUAAAGCUUAUAAAGGAAGUGAAAAACUGCAUCCAGGGCUUGAAUCUGGUGCAGGCGAAAAAACUAGUGGAGUCUCUUCCACAGGAAAUCCGGGCCAAUGUAUCCAAAGAAGAGGCAGAGAAAUUAAAAGCAGCCCUGGAGGCAGCAGGUGGCACCGUGGAGUUGGAGUAGAUCUCGUCUGCCCUUAUGCCUAAAGUUCGCCAUCAUUUGGCUACUCAUGCACUUCAUCCUUGAGUUGAUUUUUUUUUUUUUUUUUCUGUGUUUUCUUUUUUUUUUUUUUUUUUUUUUUUUUUUUGUACGACAAAGACGUGGAUCGUAGGAGAAAUGGAAACAAAUGCCUUCUGACAUUAACGCCGUCCCCUUACAACGUCAGGCGGGGACGGUACAGCUGAGACUGAACUCUCCAGCACGCAGCCUUCGCAGAUGUGCCCGCCACACUGUUUGGUGGUUUGCUUGUCUGAUACGUGUCACAAACAAACUAAGGAGAUUGGUUGGGUGAGAGUAACGCCUUUUUCAGACAUGGGACGAAUAACAUUGCAGUAACGGCAUUGUGCCAAUCGGCCAUUGAUCACAUUAAUGUUCCUCUGGUUUCUAUCCGACGUACCUACGACAGACUGAGAGAACCCCACAGUAGUCGUGUUGAUACUAACUGUAGGCAAGUGUAACCACACUUUUAAACGUCUCUCUCUGUCAUUGUUACAAAGAGCUGCAUGUGCUGCGUGGUGUUGCAGAGAGAGCUGUAUCCUGCUCCCCCCCACAUGCAUGCUCUUAAAAGAUCUCUUCUGUAUUAGGAAGAAUGCUUUAAUCAUAUUCCAAAUUAGAAACGAUGUAAACUUUUCUGCUUUUAAUUGCAUUCUCUUGUGAGCUGAGUAACUCGCCAAAGAUGCAUGCACAGUUGGUCAGCUACUGUUGAAAUUUAUUGCGUCCAACCUCCAGAGGAGUGAUCAGGGUGCUGAUGGACACGAAACCAUUACCACACCAAGAUGCUGUCAGAGCGCAUGUCUGAAAGAGGCUGAAGUCAGUUUGUAAUUCUGUUUGUGUUUAAUCUUCUCACAAGAUUAAAUCUUGUGGUUUCCAAACUGAUAUAGAUGACUGAUGUUGAGGAGCACCAGAUACUGUGUGUAGUUCAGAGAAUGGCAGGGCUGAGUCCAGAUAAAUCUCAUCGAAAUGUUAAUAAUGUGAUUAAAGUUGAAAUACUUA